GAUCAGACCGCACUUUUAGAAUCUUUUCAAUGCCAGUCGGUGCGAAAAAAGCAAAGGUGUAACGCGCUGUGGGCUGGUGCAUGAUCGAUGAACGCGACGCUACAGCUUUCGACGCGCUCGCACGUUUUAAUUCACUGCGAACCUUUUUCCGGGGUAUGAAGAGUAAGAAUGUCAGCGGGGUUCCAAGUCAAACUCCAGUGCCAGUCGAGCCUCCGCCUUGUUACGAGAAAGUCAUGAGAAAUCUCAGAUAUUAUCCGUCGCCAUUCUUGGAAAAUAAUGUGAAAUUUGGCUGCGUCGAUAACAAACCUAUUUGUGACCAGCCCAAUGAUUCCGCUAGAAGUGCUUAUUCGGAUAAUCGCAGUAGGGAAAAUGAUCGAAGCAACCGAUGUGACGAUCGCGAUGAGUGUUGUUCUUACGAGGAAUGCUGCUUGGCUUUUAUAGCUUGUCUUUGAUUUGUACUUCUGAAGCUAUCGUGCAUGAGAAUCUGCAUUUAUCGUUGCUGAUGUAAUGUCCGCAUGAUAUUUUAUAAACGUUUGUUUGUGAUAUCGAUGAGCAAUGUGAUAUACGUACAAAUUUGUUGCAGACCGUAUCUCUUUGACAGAUAUGGCAAUAGUUCAUUACCAUGCAUUCUCCGCAUGUAGCCUCGUGCACGCGUUUGGCCGAGCAUUCGGGGAAGCCGCAUUUGGCGCAAGGGCUGUCAAAAAAUACUAUAUUAAGUAAAAGCUCCAUGUUAGGGAAUCCGCACUGUUUGUCUCAUAUUAUGCGAAAACAUAUAUGAUAGCCAUUUGUAUUUGUACAGAAAUGACUCUAUUAAAAGAUAAUUGAUACAA